ACCAAUCCUUAUUGCAUAAUAAUAAAUAAAUAAAUAGAUAAAUAAAGAAAGAAGAAGAAGAAGAUGUACAUGUACAUCCAACCGAGUCAGUCAGGGAUUCUUUUCGACCUCUUUAUAAACCCCCAAAACAAAACCUAAAACCAAGAACUUAUGAUUGUAAGCUCUCUAUCUCUCUCUCUCUCAAAAUUACAUUGUCUUCGCCUUUGAGCCAAGCUCUUCUUCAGUUUUGAGUUCAUACGCUUCAAGUCUCAAUGACAAUAUCAGAAACACCAAAAAAUAACAAACUCAUGCCUAGAAGAUUAAUGUCAAGUCUUUUCGUCUCUUCUUCAAAAACCCUUUCUUCUUCUUAUUCAUUUCCAAGCUCUCACUCGAGCACUCCCUCUACCCCAACCCACAAAUUCUUCCAAUCUAUGAUGGAAGAAAACAUUGAAAAUGCUGAAUCAAUCAUCUCCAAAUGGGAUCCAAACUCUUCAUCAUACACCAAAGUCACUUCUCUCUUCCACCAUAACAGAGAAGAAGCUAAGGAGUUUCUCAAAUCUGUCAAGGACUUGUGGCGAGCAAUGCAUUUCUUAAUCAGUGAAAAUUCUACAUCCCCAAAGCUCACACUUGCUCAGAACCUAAUGCAAAUAGCCAUGAAAAGGCUUGAAAAAGAGUUUUAUCAGAUACUCUGCAAAAACCGUGACCAUCUUGAUCCAGAAUCAGCACCUGUAUGGUCCACAGGUGGGUCAAGCAAUUCUGAUGGUGAAGAUGAGGUUCGAGCAGAUGACUUUGAAAUUGCUGUUGAGUCAAUCACCAAGGUGGAGAGACUCUCGGCAAUUUCUGUGACGGAUUUAAAGUCAAUAGCCGAAUGCAUGAUUCAUUCAGGUUAUGGCAAAGAGUGUAUGAACAUAUACAAUAUUAUCAGAAAAUCUAUAGUAGAUGAAGGAUUGUAUCAUCUUGGAAUUGAAAAAUUCAGAUCUUCUCAGAUUCAUAAAAUGAACAGAGAAGAUCUCGAGCACGUGAUUAAGAAGUGGAUGAAUGCAAUAAAAAUUGCUGUGAGGAGGCUGUUUAAUGGAGAAAGAGUUCUCUGUGAUCAUGUGUUUUCAGCCUCUGAGACAGUCAGGGAGUCAUGCUUUUCAGAAAUAACCAAAGAAGGAGCAAUCAACGUUUUCAGGUUCCCUGAACUCAUUGCCAAGAGUAAGCAUUCGCUGGACAAAAUUUUUCAGCUAAUGGAACUUUAUGGAGCAAUCUCCGAGUUGUGGCCAGAGAUUGAACUGAUAUUUGACUUUGAAUCAACCUCCGCUAUCAAGUUACAAGCUCUUUCAUCACUACUCCUACUCGGAGACUCCACUCGCACUAUUCUAUCUGAAUUUGAAUCAACAAUCCAAAAGGACUCCUCAAGAAAUCCGGUGUUCGGGGGUGGCAUUCACCCGCUCACCCAAUCAGCAAUGACUUACAUAUCUUCACUUGCAGAUUACAAUCUUAUUCUCUCCAAAAUCAUUGGCGAUGGUCCACCAUCAGCAACUUCACCACUACCAGAAUCUUACUUUGAGAUUCCAACCAUGGACAAUGGUCAAACACCAUCAGUCUCGGUCCUCCUAGCUUGGCUCAUAUUAGUUCUUUUGUGCAAGCUUGACAGCAAAGCUGAGCUGUACAAAGAUGUUUCUCUAUCAUACCUCUUCCUUGCCAAUAAUCUCCAUUUCAUUGUUGAGAAGGUAUGUACAACCAACCUUAACUACCUCCUAGGCAAUGACUGGGUAUUGAAGCAUGCCAAGAAAGUUAAACAAUAUGCCAGGAACUAUGAAUCAAUGGCUUGGACUAAGGUCUUUUCAGCUUUACCGGGGAAAACCUCCCCAGCAAUUACUCCUGAAAUGGCAAAGGAGUGCUUUAGGAAGUUCAAUGCAGCUUUUGAAGAAGCAUACAGGAAACAAACAUCAUGGCUUGUGCAAGAUGGCAAGUUAAGGGAUGAACUGAAGGUGUCAAUAGCAAAGAAACUGGUUCCAGUGUAUCAAGCAUUUUUUGAUAUGUAUUUGGUGAUGCAAAGUGGGGAGAAGAAUUUGGAGUUAUUAGUGAGGUUUUCACCUGAUGAUUUGGGUAAUUACUUGUCAGAUUUGUUCCGUGGGACUUCCACCUCAGGUAGUUCUACUUCUACAUCAUCAUUGCAGAUGGGGGGAUGUCUACCCCGCUAAAAAAAUACUGUAUCUACAUUACAACACAAACUAAGUAUGUAAGGUUCAAGAAACAUGCAGUUCUGUUAUGAUUAGCACUAGUACCUUUCGAAUGGUCUUUUCAGAUUUUUCAAGGUCAAAUAAUCAUUUUGCAAGUAUGGACAUUAAAAACUUUCAUUUAUAAACUGCAUUAUUUCAAGCAACAUUUUGGAGAGUAGCAAAAUAAAUUUUACUUGAAUGCUGAGAGAAUAUCAAAUGUAAAUAAAAGAUAUGUUGAUAUUUGCAAGCAAAAACUCUCAAUCACAUAAACAGACGUGUGAAUGUGGUAAGUUAUAUAGGUAUCCAUGCAAGUUUAUCAAGUUUGAUCACAUCACAAGUUUGACCUCGUCGAACAAUUUCACACAUAAAACAAAAUUUUAGAAGACUAGAAUUCACUUGAACUGAUUUGAUUUAGAAAAUUAUCUAUAUAAAAAGAUAAUACAAAAAGAAAAAGCUCCAUACUUGAAUGGUUGAUAUUCUCAAUCGGGAAAUCUUAGCCUUUUAUAGAUCUGGUAGGGGUCUACUAACUCAAAAGAGUCAACAAACAGUUGAUUUCAACAAUUUCUUUUCUUUUCUUUUUUCAGAGAGAAGAUAAACCCUAUUGAGAUCAGAGGUACAAGUAACGCAAUACAUAAAACGAGAAAACAAAUAAACUAUGCUAUCACCAUCUGCUCUGCUGGCCUAGGAAUGGAUUGCCAACCUUUACAAAUGUGAAAUUUGUCCGACAUGGACAAUGGAAGCACCUUUAGAUUAUCUAAGGUUUGUUUUCGUAGAUGAGAUGAGUUGAGAUGAAAGUUGAAAAUUGAACAUUGAACAUUGA